AUGGAACGUUCCAUGUUUUGCGUGCUAGUGCUCACGGCGUACUACUCUGCGUCCGCUGACCUCAUUGCUAUUGAUCUCAGCAACUUUGGAAGUGCGUUAUAUCGCUUGAUUGACUCAUCAGUUGAUUCCCUGGUAAGGAAUUUGAAUCCAUCUGCGGGGACGGAACCAUGGGAACUGGGAAACCUGAUCGGUGGGGAUAUGCGACUGCCGAGACCACGCUUCGCCAUGGCACUAGCCGGUCCCCCCUCGGCCGCCUAUCGGUGGCCCAACGCCACCGUUAUCUACUCGAUCGAUGGUACCUUUAACUCAUCCGAGCUGCAGUUCCUGAACGGUGCGAUGCGCGAAUUCGAGCGACUAACCUGCGUACAGUUCCGUCGACGCCGGGAAACACCGACCGAAGUAGCGUACGUCUCGAUCGACAACACCGAUGCCGGUUGCUGGAGUGAUAUUGGCCGUGGUGUUGGACGUACCGUGGUCAACCUACAGCCCGGAUGUGCCAACGCCUUGACCACGCCGGUCCAUGAACUAAUGCACACGCUCGGCUUCUACCACGAACACAACCGACUCGAUCGAGAUCGCUACAUAACUGUGCUGUACGAAAACAUCAGCCAGGAUGGUGACUUACAGAGCAAUUUCGAUCUGGUUGAUCCGGACAAAACGACCACUUUCAACGUACCGUACGAUCUUGGCAGCAUUAUGCACUACACGCGCAACGCUUUCUCGGUGUGUCCCGCCAAACUGGAUACCAUGCGACCCCGGAUACCCUGGGAGGGUGAAAUUGGCCAACGGAACACGCUCAGCUGGUACGAUGCGCUACUCAUUAACAUCAUGUACUGUGGGGUGCCGGUACCCCGGGAACCGUUGCCGAUUCCCUCUCGCUGGAUACCGGCCAGAGCGCAGGGACGAAAGGAUCGCUUCCGUUACCGGCGCUUCCUGCGUAAUUGA